ACACUUGCAAGUGUAAAAAGCUCAACUUUUGCGACAAAAUUAGGGUUUCAAGCUGAGAUUUUCUACUUCUGUAACACAAAAUCUAAUGAGUAAAGCUUCGGUGAUCCUAUACAUCACGGUGGGGAUCCUCGUGCUCUUCCUCAUCUCUUAUUCCCCGAAGAAGAAGAGUGACCACGAUCACCACCAUGGUGGUCACAACCAACAUCACCGCUUAAAACUCCGCUCUUCUUUCAAUUUCAAACCCACUCGUCACGAUCCCGUUCCGUUUGAUCCUCUUGUCGCUGAUAUGGAGCGCCGUCGUGAGGAUAAAGAGUGGGAGCGGCAGUACAUUGAGCAUUCUCACCCGGAGCUUGUCUCUCAUUCUCAGAAAGAGACAACCAGUGGUGCUGGGCAUGAACAUGCACCUGGUCACGAGUCACAGCCUGAGUGGGAAGACUUCAUGGAUGCUGAGGAUUACUUGAAUAAUGAGGAGAAGUUCAAUGUCACUGAUAGGUUGAUAUUGUUGUUUCCGAAGAUCGAUGUUUCUCCUGCUGAUGGCUUUGUGACGGAGAGUGAAUUGACUGAAUGGACUAUGCAGUCUGCUGCCAAGGAAGUCAUUCACAGGACUCAAAGAGACAUGGAUGUUCAUGACAGAAACAAGGAUGGUUUCAUUUCAUUCUCUGAGUAUGAACCACCGUCUUGGGUCCGUAAUUCAGAUAAUAAUUCCUUUGGAUAUGACAUGGGCUGGUGGAAGGAAGAGCAUUUUAAUGCAUCAGAUGCAAAUGGUGAUGGACUACUGAAUUUAACAGAGUUUAACGAUUUUCUGCAUCCUGCUGACACCAAGAACCCUAAUUUACUGCUAUGGUUAUGCAAAGAGGAAGUAAGAGAAAGAGAUUCAGAUAAAGAUGGUAAGAUCAGUUUCGAAGAGUUUUUCCACGGCCUCUUUGACACUGUAAGGAACUACGAGGAAGAUAAUCAUAAUUCUACGCAUCCUUAUCAUGACUUGCCUGAAGGCCCAGCAAAGCAGUUGUUUUCUCAGCUUGACAAAAAUGAUGAUGGGUACUUAUCAGACGUUGAAUUGCUUCCCAUUAUCAGUAAAAUCCAUCCUGAUGAGCGUUAUUAUGCAAAGCAACAAGCUGAUUAUAUUAUAUCGCAGGCGGAUUCGGAUAAAGAUGGACGUCUGACUUUGGCAGAGAUGAUUGAGCAUCCAUAUGUCUUCUACAGUGCCAUUUUCGACGAAGAUGACACUGAUGAUGACUAUGGCUACCACGAUGAGUUCCGCUAGUUUUAAUGAAGGAAGAAAUAACAUCAAGCUCAAUUCCAUAUAAACUUCAAGGAACAUCCAUCGCCAAACAGAGUCCAGUACGAAUCUCUACCACGCAGAUUCAUUUGGUGAUUUAGAAGUUAGAAUAGUAUUUAUGAUUUGAAACAAUGAAAGGAACAUACUUUUCUUUGAACCUUGCAAUCGUUAUAGAUGAGUUUCUCAAUUUCUGUA